ACCCAAGAAGCCACCUUCUAUUUCGUUACAAUCCCUUAUAGCUUCCUAUCUGCCAGACACAUAUAUAUAUAUAUUGCCGACCCGCACCACCUGGCACUGACUGCUUUGUUUUCCACUUACACGUAGCAAGCAAACAUGAAUUUGAGAAAGACGAUUUUCUUCGACCUGGACAACUGUCUGUACCCCAAGUCGUACCAGAUCCACGAUAUGAUGGCUGAUCGUAUUCGAGAGUACUUUUCUGACAAACUUGGUAUCCCGGCAGAGGAGGCCGAACGGUUGAGGGACGUGUACUACCGACACUACGGUAUCGCCAUUCGAGGUCUCGUGCUCCAUCACAAAAUCGAUGCCGUGGACUAUGACCAGCGGGUGGAUCAAUCUCUGCCACUGGAAACGGUAAUCAAGCCCGACGUGGAACUUAGAAACAUGCUGAUGAGAUUGCGCUCCCGGUACCGUUUGUGGGUGUUCACCAAUGCGUACAAGGUCCAUGCUCAGCGUGUUCUGAAACUUCUUGGCGUCGAUGACUGUUUUGAAGGACUUACAUAUUGCGACUAUAACACUGAAAGCAUCGUGGCGAAACCGAUGCCUCAGAUGUUUGAGAGAGUAAUGGUCGAGGCUGGUGUGUUGUCCAAGGACGAAUGUCUGUUCGUUGACGACUCGUACGGAAACAUUAACGGUGCCAAGAACUUUGGAUGGCCUGUCUGUGUUCACUUGGUGGACAGAGAUGACCCCUUGCCAGAGCCCAUGGCCGGCACUCACGUUAUUCGUGACAUCCACGAGUUUGAGGGCUUGGUCAAGUCCCUGGAGUCUGCUGCCGGCUGCGGCAAAUCAGCAAACACAACCUCAGAGAACGCUAUUGCGAGUGGUGGGGACUGCAUAAGCACUGUUGGCCAAGCAUCGUCUGGUGUCGCUGCCAACAGAACUACUACGGCUGGCGUAAACACCGGUGUUUCCGAGAAGACGGUUUCUGCUCGUUGUUAACGGGUGUCGCCGACACCUCUCUUGUUCCUCCUUUUUCAUUCUUUACGAGAAUAUAGCUUUUUGCGGCUGACUGGGUCAGACGAGGAAGCACCGACGAAAUCGGUCCAACACCGCCAGUCGAGGUUGCUGGGUCUUGGGUUUCCCUCUGGCUUGUUCUCGCUGUAUUGUACUGUUCCAUGAUGAAUUUUUUUGCCGUUUGAAGCAUGCCAUACCAGCUAUGGACCUUCCUCUGAUGAAAGGUAUGAGUGUUUAAGCCGUUUUCCUCACUCCAUGCCGCUCUCACGGUCUUAUCUUAAUGAUCCCUUUUAACGUUCACGCUUCUCCUGAGUGUUGCAUGGAUGCACAAAUACGUGCGCUUGUGCUCAUCAGAAGUGUUUUACCCACCCUGCUUGUUUCCCCGUGCAUUUCCACGAACAUGUAUGACGAUCCUUUCAACUCUUGUUCUGUUAGAUUGUUCAAUAGCAUAGAGUAAAU